AUGGCAAAUACUAACUACUCCCACUUCCAACACCUUUACUUUGUCUUAACUGGGAUUCCAGGGCUUGAACAAAUGUACUACUGGAUGGCAUUUCCACUGGGUGCUAUAUAUGCCAUUGCCCUCUUUGGCAAUAGUAUCAUCAUCUCUACUAUCAAGUCUGAAGUGUCCCUGCAUAUCCCCAUGUACUACUUUCUGUGUAUGCUGGCAUUGGCAGACAUGGGACUUGCCCUCUGUACUUUGCCCUCUAUGCUAGGCAUAUUCUGGUUUAACUACAAGUACAUCGCCUUUGAUGCCUGCCUUGUUCAGAUGUAUUUUAUCCACACCUUUUCAGCGAUUGAGUCUGGCGUGCUGGUGGCCAUGGCCUUUGAUCGGGUUGUGGCAAUCUGGGCCCCUCUCAGGUAUAGCACCAUCCUAACCAAUGGCGUGGUCUGCAGGACAGGGGCAGUUAUCUUGACAAGGGCAGUCUGUGUGGUCUUUCCUGUGCCUUUUCUUAUCAAGCGACUCCCCUUCUACCGCUCUGACAUCCUGUCCCACUCCUUCUGCCUCCACCAAGAUGUCAUGCGUCUUGCCUGUGCCAGCACCCGUGUCAACAGCCUCUAUGGCCUCAUUGCAGUCAUCUUCACCAAGGGCUCCGAUUCCCUUAGCAUCAUCCUCUCCUAUGUCUUCAUACUCCGAACAGUAAUGGCCAUUACUUCAGGGGAGGGCCGGCUGAAGGCCCUCAACACCUGUGUUUCACACAUCUGUGCUGUACUCAUCUUCUAUGUGCCACUUAUUGGGGUGUCUGUCAUUCACCGUUUUGGAAAGCACAUUUCACCACUGACUCAUGCCCUCAUGGCUAAUGCCUAUCUUCUUGUACCUCCUGUGCUGAACCCCAUAGUCUAUACUGUGAAGACCAAGGAGAUACGAAGGAAGAUCAUCCAGAUAUUUGUUCGAACCAAGAUUACUUCAGAAAGUUAAGGUCUGC